AAUCGCCAAGGCCAAGCCCGUCAACUUAACCAGGCUCUUUGCUUCCCCUCCCGAUAUCGUCCAACUCUCACUGUUGCCGAUAUCGCUGAUCACUCGAAUCCUCGACUUCGGCGAAGUGAGCCCAAUGUCCUGGCACAACAAUGCCCCUUUCGACCCACCAGCACACCUCGCGGCUGGGCUGGUGUCGCCGCAGCAAGUGAGCUCACCGACGACCACGCUGACCCCGGACGGCGCAGCGGGCCCCGAUCGCAAGCGCAAGCGAACAUUGACAGCGCAAGAGCACGGUGAUGGAGAGCACACCCUAGUUGGCGGGGCGGAAGAUGGGAGAGCUUCGAGCAGUGGCACGCUGGCGCAUAGUCCUGGCCAAAAUGGCAACAAACCGCGUCACCAGCCCGGCGUGAAAAGAGCCUGCAACGAUUGUCGACAGCAGAAGCUUCGUUGCAACGUCGUCGCUGGACCUGGCGAACAGUAUAAACCGUGCGAUCGAUGCGUCAAGCAUGGCCUCCAUUGCAGCAUCGAUGACGGCUUUAAGCGACUCGGAAAGCGGGCAGCGCAUGAGGAGAUGGUCAAGGAGCUGGACAGGUGCAAGCAAAAGCUAGCGCGAUACGAACAGCUGGGCAUGUUUCUGCCAGAAGAAACUCCAGGCUCAGCAUACAUUGGCAGCUAUCAGCCCUCGCCCGAUGGAGGCGCUCCGGCCGCCGUUAUGGGCAACACUGGAUACGGGCUGGGCGCGAGCGAGGCUGCUGCAUCAAGGAGCUUGCUCGAUUUGAGCCAAGGAUACCGCGAGCUCGUUCCUACAACCAUGUCCUCCAUUACUCCAGGCACAUCGCUCACCACGCUCGGCGGCAACACCUUGACGGAGCAGCAACUCACCGACCUGUACCAGAUCUACUUUGAGUCAUAUCACCCCUUCAUGCCGGUGCUCAAUGCCGAUCUGAGCUACAAGGCCUACUAUGAUGAGCAUCCGCUCCUGCACUGGACGAUCGUCGCCAUUGCGGCACGACGACAAGAAUUCAAGCCGGGUUUGUUCAUGGAACUUCAGCGUCCGCUGGAGGAGCUGCUCUGGACAACGUUAUCGCAAGUACCACAGUCGUACCACGUCACCAAAGCUCUGGCACUACUCUGCACGUGGCCACUACCUACCUCGUCAACCAGCCAAGAGCCGACAAUGAUGCUGUGCGGCAUUAUGUUCCAGCUCGCUAUGCAACACGGCUUGCAUCGGCCUUCCCACGCACAAGACUUCAGUCGGUUCCGCGUCGACCUGCGGGAUGAAGAUGUGGCGGAUCGACUCAACACCUGGGCCGCUGUGAACAUCGUCGCCCAGAACGUCAGCACCGGUAAUGGACAACCUCCGCUCGCGCGCUGGGCUUGGUUCACAUAUGGUCUUCAUCUGGGCCGCAUGAAGCCUGAGCUACACACACGUUGUCAGAUCGAGAAGUUUAACGAUACCGUCACGCGAACGUUGUAUACCAUGCAACGUGACCACAUUGUCGAGGUUGACCAAGCUCAGCGCGGUCUGCAGAUCGACAUGUAUGCUCGUGAACUGGGCGAACUCGAGGUGACUGUCCUGUCUACAGGCAAGCAGAAUCAAUCACGUAAAGCACUGGAGGUUCUCUUCCUCAAAGCCGCCGCGCUGCAUCUUCGCCUUACCGCCUUCUUCGACAAGCCCAGCCAGCCCAAUUACCACGUCGAUCUAAGAAACCUCUAUAUCGCAGCCUCGGCCCUCCUCGAGCAUGUUAGUGCCAUGAGCACGAGUGAGUUCGCGUUUGUGCCAAGAUACAUUGAGCAGAUGAUGCUCGCUGCAUCGGUGACCCUCCUGAAGAUCCUACACUCUUUCUACGCCAAACAUGUGGACAACACCUACGGCAAGACUCUCUUCACCCGUGCAGUGGCCGCACUGCGCAAACUCAGCGUGCGCAGCAAUGACUUGCCCCAGCGGCUUGCAGAAGUCAUGGCUCAGCUCUGGAUCUCGAGCGGCUCAGGCGAACAAGACGUCUUCAAGACCGAUCCCGCGCUCGACAGCGACGACGACACGCUUGCCCUCAAGGUGCGGUGCAGGUCUUCACUGUCAGUGCUGUACGACGCCAUCUGGCGCUGGCGAGAACGCGCUGGACAAGCUGGGCGCGAGAACCUGGUCAACGACAUCCAGAACCCUACACGCCUUCCCGACACCAGUCGCAACACUCCGCAGCCACCAAAUGGGACCACUCACAACGCUCUUGCCGAUGUCCACCUCACUCAGCCAAGCACCGGUCUGCAGCUGGGGCAAGCAAGCGACCUGGACGCACUGAAUUGGGAUCAGUCAUUCGGCCCUAAUGCUGUAUUUGACCCACUCUCUUGGGCGCUGGAUGGCAACAUCAUGGGCUUGACGAACCCGAUGUUUGAGCCCAACGGCGCUUUGAGUAUGCCCGGAUACCCAGGUUAGCAACCUGGUCACUACGAGGAUACUCUUCAGCCCCCAUACUAUUAUCAGUGACAGCACAGCUACGUGGACGACUGAUGAAUGGUUAUUUCACUGCAAUUUCUAUAAGCGACGGCGCUGGUUUAGAAUGUGUGGUUGAUUCGGUGGUUGGUUCUUGGCGGUGAUGGGUUUCACUUCUUGCAUGGCACAUUCUGAUCAUGAGCAUAGACUUUUGAUUGUUCGGCGAAUCGAUUUUGAGAGACGGACGCGCUGAGAGGUGUCACAAUUUGUCAUGCUGCGGCUACUGCUGUCACGGAUGAUUGAGCUGAAAAUACGUAGCAUGAUGAAUCGCAAGGCUGUACAAAUGUCAGGACUCCUCUAGUCCCCGGAGUCGUUCCACUCGGCUGGAGAGAGUGGGCCAUAGAGCGGUUGCUUGUUUGGGCAAGCUGUCAAGUUGCGCGUGUUUCGGCUGUCCGCACGUAGCUGCGCGGAUUCCUUUUCUUCGAUUUGGCACCGG